AUGUAUAGAUCAUCCUAUUAUGAAUCUGAUUAAAAAGAUAUAAUAAUAGCAUAAUUAAAAGCAGAUAUUUAUGAGGCUCAAAAAUAAUAAGAUGAAUUAGAAUAGCUUGAAUAAGAGAUGGGAAAAUGGGAAGUUAAAAUCAAAAUGGCUAAUGAAGAAAAAGUUUAUAUUAUAUUGUUAUUUGUAGUUAAUUAUAGAACAUGAAAAUAAAUAGAAGCAUGAACAAUGUAUUGCUUAAAUUUAAAUGAUGACUUAAGAAAUAAAUUAACUAUCAAAAAUUUUGAAAGAAAGACAUUUAGAUUAGGAAAGAUAAAUUUUAUAAUAAAAAGAAUUAGAAGAGAUUAAUGAUUAAAGAUAACUUGAAAUAUAAUAGGCAAGAAAAUUUUUAAAUAAAUUAUCAGAUUAAGUUAUUUAAGAGACAUCUAUUAUAGAAAAUCUACAAAUAAAACUUGAAGAAUUUGAAUAAGAGAGUUACAAUGCAGAAAAAAAAAAUUCAGAGCUAAAUAGAAAAUUAAAUGAAAUUUAGUAAAAGAAUAAGAAAGUUGAAUAAGAUUGUUAAAUUUUACAAAAUCAAUUAAUAUAAUUAUAGUAAAGUGAUUAUGAAUAAGAAAUAAUUAAAGUAAGUUAUAAAAAAUAGAUUAGUAUUAAUAACAAUUAGCCUAUACUAAUGAAUAAAUAAAAAAAAUAGAUUCUGAAUUUUAAUUGGAAAAAUAGAAUAAAAAAUCAACUGAGUAACAAAUAAGUCGUAUGAAUCAUGAUUUACAAUAAAAUGAGGUAGAUCUAUAGAAAUAAAGAAAAUUUCUGAUGAUGGAAUAAUAGAAAAAGGAUGAAUUGAAUAAGAAAAAGAUAUAAUUAUAGAAAAUUUAAGUCCAUCGAUAAGAAUAAUAUUCUUAAGCUGAUUAAGAGCUAAAUAAGACUAAGAUGGACAAUGAAACCAUUAUCAAUGAUAAUAAUUGUUAUAAAAAUAAAUUGAAAUAACUUUAAACACAUAUAGAUGUUUUAAUGAAAGUAAAUUAGGAAUUAGUAAAUGAAUUAGAAUAAUAUUGUGGAGAUGAUUAGAAAAUCAAAUAAAUUGUAAAUAGAGCUGCAAGAGUAAAAGAAUUACAAUUAAGGAUAGCUUAAGGUAAUCGACUAUUCAAAAAAUGA